UUUUAGCUAUAUAUCCAAAUCCCAAAGCUUUCUUUUUCAACCCUUUGGUCAUCUGUCUGUAAAGUGAGUCCACAUACUCUCUCUCUCUCUCUCCCUCUCUCUCUCUCUCUCUCUCUCUCUGCACAUCAGGUUUUAUUAGGUACAUACAUGGCUGUUCUGAUAAUGGCCUAAAGAAGCCUUGAAUAUUUCUCUCCCUCUAUCUGCAUAAACUGCCAUAACCGUCUUUCAAGUCCAGUGCUCUCUAGGUUUUUUUUCGUUCUCUCCAAAUUCAUAACGAUGGUGAGCUUCUGCUGAGGAAAAAUGGCGGAAAGAGCUCACUGGGGCUGGCCGCCGGCCGGUGCUCCUCCGCCGUUCACCCAGCAGCAGAGGGACGAGCAUUGGAGACACUUUGACAACUCAGUCAAUGCCAUUUCUUUUGGGUUUGUUGCCACUGCGAUUCUCAUCUCCAUGUUCCUUGUCAUGGCCAUUUUCGAGAGGUUUCUCAGACCCACCUCACCAGCUUCGUCGCCUUCCGGCCGCCGUCGCGACAUGGAGUCCCAAAUGAGUUUCAAUGCAAAGCCUGGCCUUCCCUCUCCCAAAAUAUCUGCAAAUGCCAGAGAAGUUUCAGUCUUGAUGCCUGGAGAAGACAUUCCCACCUUCAUCGCUCACCCAGCCCCUGUUCCUUGCCCCCCAGAACGCGUCUCGUGGCCCACCCAUCAACCCAAAUCGUUUCCUCGUUUCUCCCACGUCCCUGAUUCAAGCACAAGUUCGAACACGAUCCAAGAAAACUAGCAUUCAAAUGCUCUCCCUGUACAUCAAGAACGGGGGAUUCAAGUUGGGCAAUAUUUAUGCCAGGGCUGUUGAAUCUGUGUAUAUACUGCUUUUUCGUGCUUUCUAAGAGCCAACUCGACAUUGGCAGAUCAGGCAAUUCUUAGGUUUGCAUGCACUUAUAUUGAUCUGUCAUAAGACUCAUAUUUUUCAUAGUUCUCGGAUUGCCCGUUGUCUGUCUCCUUGUAAAGCCGUUGAGGAUUGAAGCUUAUGUGGGAUACAGAGAAAGAAUCGAUUUGUUGCGUGAAAUGUCCAACAGAUUUGCAUUC